AUUAGCGGCGGUGAGUGUCGUAUCUUUGGGCAGUAGUAUUACAGAACAGAUUCUGACAUGUGGUUGUUUUAUUACCGCUGAUUUGUUGUGUUCUAUUAAUUUAUCUUUACGAAGCUCCUUGAUAACGCGUUGACCCCCACGGGCGAAGAUUAUAAAUCUUGACAGUUACAGCUGUCAAUGUAGAACUUUAACGCCUUCCUCCGGUUUUAGUUGGAUAGAUGGGGCAUCCGUCAUCUGAGUAUGGAGCAAGGGAACGUCGACAAUGACUGCAACAACGGUGUGGCGAGACACCGGCGGUCGGCUUCUAGGAGGAUGGGGUCCACUUCUUUGUGUUCUCGUCGGGGCUCUGAUGGCACUGGUACUUCCCCGGGUGGGAGUCGAGGACGAGUGCUGUGCCAAAUUAAAGGGCAUUGCUCACGUACGGUGUCAGGUGUGGGGAAGGUCUCAACGGCACACCGUGCAGUCGACCAGUCUCACCGUCCCGUUCACAGCCCUCGACCUCCUUCCGUAUAGGUCCAAGCCGAGCAAAGAGACGGAGCAGGAAGCACGGGCGGCUUUGCAGCAGGCUGUGGAGAUGAAGAAACUGGGCAAGAGGGACAAGGCCCACAGACUACUGGUCCACGCGCUUAACAUGAACCCAGACUUCGUGGACGCACUGACGGAGCUGGGCACCAUCCUGGAGGAGGAGAAGGAUGUGGUCCAGGCAGACCACCUCUACACCAAGGCCCUGGCCAUCUCACCCUGCAACCAGAGGGCUCUGGUCAGCCGGGACCGCACGCUCCCCCUGGUGGAGGAGAUCGACCGGCGCCAUUUCAGCGUCAUCGACAGCAAGGUGCGCCGGCUCAUGUCCAUCCCCAAAGGGAACUCGGCCCUGCGGCGCGUGAUGGAGGAGACCUACUACCACCACAUCUACCACACGGUGGCCAUCGAGGGCAACACCCUCACGCUGUCGGAGAUCCGCCACAUCAUCGAGACGCGCUACGCCGUCCCCGGCAAGAGCCUACUGGAGCAGAGCGAGGCCAUCGGCGUGGACGCCGCCAUGAAGUACAUCAACACCACGCUGCUGUCGCGGGCCGGCGCCAUCGCCGUCACGGACAUCCUGGAGAUCCACCGGCGCGUGCUGGGCUACGCCGACCCGGUGGAGGGCGGCCGUCUACGGACCAGCCAGGUGUUUGUGGGUCACCACAUCCCGCCGCACCCCCAGGACCUACAGCGGCACAUGGAGGAGCUGGCGCAGUGGCUCAACUCGGAGGAGGCGCUGCAGCUCCACCCCGUGGAGUACGCGGCGCUGGCCCACUACAAGCUGGUCUACGUGCAUCCGUUCGUGGACGGGAACGGGCGCACGUCGCGCCUGCUGAUGAACGUGGUGCUCAUGCAGGCGCGCUACCCGCCCAUCACCAUACGCAAGGAGCAGCGGGUGGAGUACUACAACGCCCUGGACACGGCCAACGAGGGCGACGUGCGGCCCUUCAUCCGCUUCAUCGCCAAGUGCACGGAGAUCACCCUGGACACACUGCUUAUCGCCACGUCAGAGCACCCCGUGGGGCUGCCUGGGACCGGCCACGAACAAGCCUGUCCUGACUGCCAACAGACCAUCCCCAUCCACAACUAGGAGGCCAGAGAACAUCCCCAUCGACAGCUAGGAGGCCAGAGACACUCCCAUCGACAACGAGGAAGCCAGAGAACAUCGCCAUCCACAGCUAGGAGGCCAGAGACGCUCCCCAUCAACUAAGGGACCAGAGACCUGUCUGUUUGUGUGUAAGGUGAACAUGCAAGGCCCCAAUUAACCCACAGAAAAGCAAUGAGGACAUACUUUCAAGUGUUUCAUUUUUUUGCCUAAAAAAUGAACGUUCUCGUCUUUGGAUGUUUGGCAAUGAUGAGCAGGUUUUUCAAAAAAAAAAAAAAUAGGAUUUUAGAAUCACGUCUACUACUUACCUCCUGAAGCAGAAACUGCUGACUCAUUGCAGUUAAAUGCCAUCAUGUAUUUAUUAAUUUAUUUGUCAAAUAUUUGAGUAACCUGUGAAUGUAAAUGAGUAGAUGGGGACGCACUGAUCUACAAUCAAAGAGGGCAAACCUUUAGAAAUGAUUUUAUGGGAAAGCUGAAAUACAGUUCUUUAUUAAAACAACUUUAGAACAUUCAGUCCAAAGAAUUAUGACUUUUGCAGCACAUAAAGAAAUCAUUGUUACCUUACUGAACAUUAAAAGGAGAAAGUCUGCCACAAUUGAUUGUUUUAAGGACAAUCUGUAUGCUUUUGGAUAUAAAUUGAAUGAUGACUUAAGUUUAUCCUCGAUCAGGUCACUUAGGUAAUAGAAUCCACAUAUAGGUUGUAAGCCAUCUUCUUCCAAAAUCGAAUGACUGAACAGUAUGCAUAAAAAAAGAAAUCCAAACUGCAUUCCAAAUCAUGCAUUUCCACCCACACAACAUACACAUGAAAAUAAUUUAUUUGUAACAUGACUUUCAUCAAAAAUCUGCAUAGAUUACUUUUGAAAUGCAGGGUAUCUGCAAAGUAAACACUAAUCUUAAUCCGAAGAACCUAGGCUACAAAAAUGUUAGCUAGUUAGCAAAGAUUUAGCAUUACCUUUACACCACAAUAGCGAGGAUAACUAACUUUCCUCCUGAACUAGUUUAUUAUAGUAAUACAGUAAACCAAAGGUCAAGAUUCACAUUUUUUUUAUAUAUAAAAGUUUCAAGAUAUGAAAAUUAAACUUUUAGAUUGGAAAGGGAAGAUCAGAUGAUUUAGGAAACCUCUUUAUUUCCUAUCAGCUGUACAACUCGUGGUCUCCAAACCCCUUUGUUGGCAUGUAUUAGAAAGGGAACAAUAUAUCUAACCCAACUUAGUCUUAACAAAACAAAAUGUAGCAAAAGCUGUGGUUUUAGACUCAUGUCCCGGACAUAAGAAAGCAAUGUAUUUUAUCCGACAGGAAAUGGUGAUUCCUUUGAUUACUUUUUUUUAGAGUGUAUUUAUGAGCACAUACACCAUAUUUACACAACUAUUACAAUACAUAAAAAUUGAAUUCAAACU